AUGGAAGAUCAUAUUUGGAAUGAUAAUUUAUGCAAUUUAAAUACUCAACAUCAUUUGAACAGCGAUUAUCGAACAACAUCUGAUCCUCAUCAAUUGAUAGAUGAUGAUGAAUCCAACCCAACAGAACAAAAUCCUAGUUUAUCACAUUUUGUUUCAUCGUCUGCUAGGUUCGAUGAUGACGAAGAAGAUGAGCCACUUUUAAUGCGACAACGUAAUAGUCAAAAACAAACGCCAGUAACUAAAAUAGAAAAUGAUUCAAAUAGCUCAGGUGAAUCUGAACAACACCAAGAACGAUUAAGUGAUAGUGAUGAUGAUGCAGAAGCUAGUGAAGAUGAUGAUGAAAAUGACGACGUUGAAGAUGAUAAUGAUGAUGAUGAUAAUGAAGACGAUGAUAAUGAUGAUGAUGAUGAUGAUGAUGAUGACGAUGAUGAUGACGAUGAUGAUGAUGAUGAUGAUGAUGAUGACUUUGAUGAUAAACGACGGGCAAAAACAAAAUCAAAACGAGGUUUUGGUCAAGCAAAAACAAAAUCGAAAACACAAACAAAACGUUCCAAAAGUGCUACAAAUAAUGCAUCAUCAGCAUCAAAUCGUAAACGACAACGUACAUCAUCAUCGACAAGUUUUGCUUCUGCAACAAAAAAGCCGCGCCGUCAGCAAUCAAGCGGUAGCGGAGUAUCUUCAUCGACAUCGACAAAUAAACGAAAAAUUCGUCGUACAGCAGCAUCAAAUCCAAUAAAUUAUCAUGAAGAAUCUGACGAUGAUGUCAAUGAUCCAGCAAGACGUAAAAUGAAAAGGCAACAACGUCAUCUUUCGUCAAAUUCUGAUUCUGACGGUGAUCAAAAUUCAAAUAAUGAUGAUGAAUCGAAUUCAAAUGAAUAUCAACAAUCAACAAAAAACAAUCUAGUAACAGAUCUUGAAUCAAACACAGCUAAGCGUCAAACAAAAGUGCGAACAUCAGAUAAUUUAUCAUCAUCUGGUGAAGGUGUAACAUUAGUUGCUGAUGAACCAUCAUCAGAAAUAAUUGAAAAAGUUUUAAAGGUACGUUUCGGUCGAAAAGAUGCUACAGGUCCAUCGACCACUAUUUAUAAUAUCGAUGAAUUCGGUGAUCCAAAUGCAAAUUAUAAUGGUGACGAUGAAACACAGUCUGAUGGUGAACAACAAUUUUUAAUUAAAUGGAAAAAUUGGUCACAUUUACAUAAUACAUGGGAAAGUCGUUCAAGUUUACAACAAGCACAUGUUAAAAGUUCGCGUAUAUUAGAAAAUUUCCUUAAACAACAUGAACAAACACGUUCAUGGCGUCGAGAAAAUCUUAAUAUGGAUGAAAUUGAAUUAUUUGAAUGUCAACAAGAAUUAAAUGAUACAGCAUUAUCGGGUUAUCAACAAGUUGAACGUGUUAUAGCACAUGAGAAAAAUCGUGAACUAGAAAAUUCAUAUGAUUAUCUAUGUAAAUGGGAUGGUCUUCAAUAUAGUGAAUGCACAUGGGAAGAUGGAAAUUUAAUUGGAAAACGAUUUCAAUCGCAAAUUGAUGAAUAUCAUGAAAGAUUAAAACAACAAAAUGAAGAUUUACAAUUACAACAACAACAACAACAAAGCAGUGCAAGUGGAAGAAAGAAAAAUAACAUAAUUCGACCAAGAUUUUCACCCAUAACAGUACAACCAUUGUAUUUAGCACCAAAUGAAACCGAGUUUAAACUAAGAGAUUAUCAAUUAGAAGGUUUAAAUUGGUUAGCACAUUCAUGGUGUAAACAAAAUUCAGUUAUCUUAGCUGAUGAAAUGGGACUUGGUAAAACCAUUCAAACAAUAUCAUUUCUUUCGUAUAUAUAUGAAGAACAUAAUUUUCAUGGUCCAUUUAUAAUCGUUGUUCCUUUAUCAACAAUUCAAGGUUGGCAACAAGAAUUUCAACGUUGGGCACCACAUAUGAAUACCAUUGUAUAUAUUGGUGAUAUGGUAUCACGUGAAAAAAUUCGUCACUUCGAAAUGUUCGCAUCGGGAAAUAAGAAACAAUUGAAAUUUCAUGCACUAUUGACAACAUACGACUUUUUAUUAAAAGAUAGCAAAUAUUUAUCAUCAAUAAAUUGGAGUGUUAUUCUUGUUGAUGAAGCACAUCGUUUGAAAAAUGAUGAUUCAAUGCUCUAUCGUACAUUAAUACAAUUCGAAUCUCAACAUCGAAUAUUAAUAACCGGCACGCCAUUACAAAAUUCUUUAAAAGAAUUAUGGUCAUUAUUACAUUUUAUCAUGCCGAAUUAUUUUGAUGAUUGGAAUAAUUUCGAUGCCAAAUAUUCAUCAUUGUUAACUCACGAUACCAGUCUCGUUAAGCGUUCAAGUGAAUUACAUAAAGAAUUAGAACCAUUUUUGUUGAGACGUGUUAAACGCGAUGUUGAAAAAUCGUUGCCAGCUAAAGUGGAACAAAUUUUACGGGUCGAAAUGACACGCUUACAAAAGCAAUAUUAUAAAUGGAUAUUAACAAGAAAUUAUCGUGCUUUAACCAAUGAACGUGGAGGAAAUUUGCCAUCGUUUAUUAAUAUUAUGAUGGAACUGAAAAAAUGUGCUAAUCAUGCAUUUUUUGUUAAACGUGAUGAAGAAAAUAAUACAACGCUCGAUGAAAUUAUCAAAGGUAGUGGAAAAUUAUUGUUAUUAGAUAAACUUUUGUUAAAAUUACGUGCAAGCAAUCAUCGAGUAUUAAUUUUUUCGCAAAUGGUUAAGAUGCUAAAUAUUUUAGCUGAAUAUUGUAAAUUAAGACGAUUUCCAUUCCAGAGACUUGAUGGCUCGAUGAAAGGUGAAAUACGUCGUCAAGCAUUGAAUAGUUUCAAUCGUGAUGGAUCUGAGGAUUUUAUUUUUCUUCUUUCAACUCGUGCCGGUGGUUUGGGUAUUAAUUUAGCUACUGCUGAUACUGUUAUUAUCUAUGAUAGUGAUUGGAAUCCACAAAAUGAUCUUCAAGCUCAAGCUCGUGCUCAUCGCAUAGGCCAAACAAAACAAGUAAAUAUUUAUCGUCUUGUCGCCAAACAAUCCGUUGAAGAAACAAUUAUUGAACGUGCUAAACAAAAAAUGGUCUUAGAUCAUUUAGUUAUUCAACGUAUGGAUACAACAGGUCGUAAUGCCUUUCAAAAUUUAAAUAAUACAUCGGCGACAACGACAACCAAUGAUAGUCGUCCAUUGACCAAGGAAGAAUUGAAUACUAUAAUUAAAUUUGGUGCUGAAGAUUUAUUUAAAGAAACGCCAGUACACGAAGAAGGUACAAUUGAAGAAGAAUCGCAAAAGAUUGAUAUCGAUGAAAUUCUUCAUCGUGCUGAAAUUCGCCACGAUGAUGAUUCGUCUAUGCGCAAUAGUAGUGAAGAUUUAUUAUCACAAUUUAAAAUAGCUAACAUACAAACGAUGGAAGACGAUGUUAUUGAACCAACAACAAUAGUAAAUAGAACAAAAAGUUGGAAAGAUAUUAUACCAGAAUCUGAAAGACAAAAAUUUGAUGAUGAAUGUUUAGCUGAAUUAACAGCUGCCUUACCACCACGCAGUCGUAAACGUGUAGAAUUGUUUAAUUCAAAAUCAGAUUUGGAUAAUAAUAAUAAUACAAAUCGUCGUUCACAUAUGGACAUUGUUUUGAAUGAAUUUACAACAAAUGAAAUUCGAAAAUUUAUCAAAAGCUUCAAGAAAUUUUCCGAUCCACUUCAUCGUCUCGAUUUAAUUACAAUGGAUGCUGAAUUAGAAGAUAAAUCAAGACAAGAUAUUGAAGAAUUAACUAAUUAUAUACAUAGUGAAUGUUUAAUGGCUGUUGCACAAUGUAAAAAUGAUACAAGUCCAAAUAAUCAUACACAAUCAUCAUCGUCACCUAAAGACGAUUCAACGAAUCACCGUGAUAAAAUUCCAACAAUACGCAUACAUAAUGUUACAAUCAAUGCCACACAAUUGAUUAAUUCUAUGCGUGAUUUAGAACCAUUGAAAAAAAUUUUUCAAUCACAUAAUGAACAACGAAAAUCUUUUUCAUUUCCAUCAUCGAUUAAAAUAAAACCUGUUCAUUGGUCAUGUUCAUGGUCAUUGGAAGAUGAUAAAGCUCUCUUACGUGGCAUCUAUGAAUAUGGUUAUUCCAAUUGGGAACAAAUUAAAAUGGAGCCAGAAUUAGGUCUUUCAUCGAAAAUUCUUCUUGAUGAUAAACAAUUAAAACCACAAGCCAAUCAUUUACAAACACGUGCAGAUUAUCUUUUACGUUUAUUAAAACAAUAUUAUGAUAAUCCAUUGAAUAAGAAAAAAGAUAUAACAAAGAAGAAAACUCCGGUGUCACAAGUACCAACGAAAAAGUCGAAAAAUACAACGGAAGAACAUAUUAAUGGACCUGAUUCCAAAAAAAUAAAACGACGUGUCAAUGGACCAACAACUUUGAAUUCUGAAAAACAACCGAAAUCAAAAGAAAUUAUUGAUAAUUCAAGUGGUGAUGAAGAAUCAACAACGAAUAAAUCUAUGAAACGGAAACCAACAGAACAUCGAGCUCAUACACAUACUGACGAUAAAGCAUCGAAAUCAUCGAAAAACGAAGAAGAAAAUGCAUCGAGUGAUAUGUUUAAACAGUGUCGAGAAUUACUUCGUCCAAUGAAAAAAUGGCUUAGCAGACUUGACGCACCUGAAGAUGCAUUUGAUUCUCAGGAUGAUUAUACAAAAGAAUUCGAAAAAUGUUUAUUAACUAUCGGUGAUCAAAUUGAAACUGUUCUUAAAACAAAAACAGAUGAUGACUAUCAAACAUAUCGUUAUCAUUUAUGGACAUUUGUUUCAAAAUUUACUACAAAAUUAACUGAUAGUCAACUAAGAAAAUAUUAUCGAACAUUUGUUAAAAAACGUAGUGAAGAAAGUUCAUCAUCGAGUCAAACACAAAAAUCUUCUUAUCAUCAACAUCAGCAGUAUAAUCCAUAUUCACAAUCAAAUACAAAAAAUCGUCAAACAGAACAAGAUGAAACCUAUAGAAAAGCUGGCUGGGGAUCAUCGUCUCAAUCAACUAACAAUAAUCGUAAUGUAAAAGAUACACGUCUUAAACAUACAACAACAAUGCCAUUAACAAAAUCUUCGAGAUCUGAACAAGUAAAUAAUACAAUUGGUUCAACAAAUACUGGUACAACAUCUGACUAUGAUUCACAUCAUCAUCAUUCACAACAACAAACAUCGCAACAUCAUCACCAAUUUGAUCGUAAUCGACAUCAUCCAAGCGGAAAUAAUAAUCGAAGAUCCUAUCAUGAUUCUACCGGUGAUUCAUCGUCUGAUUAUCGUGGUGGUUAUCAUCGAGAACGCGACAGUAAUUCAUCUCGUGGCCCUCGCCGUUACGAUUCUGUGCCAACACGUUAUGAUCAAUCUUCAUAUAACAAUCGUUCAUCAUUUUCAAGUAAUUUCUCUCAACCUCCACCACCCUUUGAUGAAUCUCGAUCAUCGUCAGCAUCGAACCGUACUGGCAGUGGUAAUAACAAUAGAAAUAAUCGUUCGUCCCAAAAUGCUCUACCACCGCCACCCCCACCGCCACCUCCACUUCUUCCGCCACCGCCUCCACCACCGUUAUCAGGGCCUGAACUUUUUCAAUCAAUUUAUUUACAGUACUACGAUAUGUAUAUGCAACAAGCUACUGGGCUUUCUUCAUCUCAAUCAUCUACGGCUAAUUCUAUUUCCCCGAACAGCUAUGCUGAUAUGGCUGCUGCUUAUGCUCAUCAACAGAUGCAGCCAAAAACAUCCGAAUCAUGA